AUAAAGAAAGCUGGACCAAUUGAUUAUUUUUCACAAAUUAUGUUAUCCGAAUGGAUAGAACAAAUCUGUUUUGUAUAUAAAGUUAAGACUAUAUUGAAACUUUUGGGAAAUUUGGGAAAUUUCAGUUUUGUUCUGAAUUUAAUAUGUACAUUAUAAAAUUAUAAAAAUGUUUCAAAAGUGGGAAUGAAUAAAUAUGAAAAGACAAAAUGUUCGAACACUUUCAUUGAUUGUAGUAACAUUUACUUAUUUAUUACUUGGAGCUGCUAUUUUUGAUGCAUUAGAAUCAGAAUUUGAAGUAAGUGAAGAUGUACGUCUAAGAGAAAGUGCUGAAAGUUUACGAACUAAAUAUAAUAUAACAAUUGAUGAUUUUGAAAGGAUUACACAAUUAGGUAUACAAAUGAAACCAUAUAAAGCAGGUACACAAUGGAAAUUUGCUGGAGCAUUUUAUUUCUCUACAACAGUUAUAACUACUAUAGGUUAUGGUCAUAGUACACCAAAAACAUUUGGUGGUAAAAUAUUUUGUAUGUGUUAUGCAUUACCUGGUAUACCAUUAUGUCUUAUUAUGUUUCAAAGUAUUGGUGAACGUAUGAAUACAAUUAUAACUUAUUUAUUAAAUAAAUCUAAUUCAUUAUGUAAAAUAAAUAAACUUAUAUCACAAACACAUUUAAUGAUUGUUAGCUUUACCAUUGGUUCCAUUGUAUUAACUAUUGGUGCUAUAGUAUUUUCACGUUAUGAAGAUUGGGAUUAUUUAGAUUCAUUUUAUUAUUGUUUUAUUACAUUAACUACAAUUGGUUUUGGUGAUUUUGUUGCAUUACAACGUAAUAAUUCAUUAGCUAAACGACCGGAUUAUGUUGCAUUUAGUUUAAUAUUUAUAUUAUUUGGUUUAACUGUAGUUAGUUCUGUAAUGAAUUUAUUAGUAUUAAGAUUUUUAACAAUGAAUACGGAAGAUGAAAAACGUGAUCAAUUAGAAGCAGCUGUAUAUGCAGAAGAAUUAAAACGUUUACGUGGUGAUGUAAUAUGCGCUAAUAAACAUAAUGAAUUACAUAAAUCAUUUGUAAUGAAACAGUUACCAAGAGAACAAGAAGAAGAAGAAUAUAAUAGUAAACAAUUAAAUAAUCAUAAUUAUUCGACUUGUCAACAAAAUAUCAAUUAUAAUCUUAUGAAUUGUAAUCAUCAUAUGAUGUCAUUAUCUAAUUCAAAUUAUUUAAUCAAACCGGAACCAUUAUCAACAAUGACAACAGUGACAACAACCAUGGCAUCAACAACAGUCAAUAAUUGUUUACUUAUUAAUCCUCAUACUAAUACUUAUCAUAUUGAUUCAAAAAAUGAACAUUUAACUAAAUUGAAAUUAUGUUUAAUUUGUUUAAAAAAAUUUCAUCCAUUAUCACAAUCAUUAGCAUCAUUAUCAUCGGAUAUACUAAAUUCAUCAUCAUUAACUAUAAUAAAUGAUAAUUCACAUGAAAAUAUAUUAAAUAAACCGAAUUCUAUAGCUAAGACUACUGUUACUACAACUACAACUACAACUAUUACCUAUAUUAAUGAUAAUAAUACUAAUAAUGGCAAUAAUAAUAAUAAUAAUCCCUUUUUAAUAAACUGUGUAACUGGUUGUUACAAUCAACAGUCAACUGUACAUAAUCCACUUUUAAUCUAUAAUGAAGUCUCUCAACAAAUUUCUUCAAGUUUACAUAAAAAUAAUUGUUCAAGUGAACUACUGAAUUCAUCAAAUUCUCUUCAAUAUGAUUCGUCAUGUAGAAAUCGUUACAUUUAUUCAGAUUAUAUAAGUUCAUAUCGUUAUAAUCCAUAUUAUUCUAUUCAAGAUUCUAAAUAUUCACCGUUUAUAAUACAACAAUGUUCAAUUGAUGAUUGUGACUGUACAAAUGAAGAAUUACGAAAUUAUCAGUAUUUCAUUUCUACUAAAGAAUAUUUAGUGAAUAAUCGGCAACCAGAAAUUAUAGAAGGAAAUGAAAUAAUCGACAGUGAUAAUCUGUCUGAAAAUAAGAGUAGUUCGUUUAAUGAUAUCGAUUUAAUGCAAUCUUAUUUACAUCCGAUGUCUACUUUAAAACCGCAUACUUAUGAGUGUACUUCAUUGAAUCAUUUUAGUUUACCUGGUAGGUAUAAAAAUACUAAUGAGGUAAUGUCUACUUCAGUACAUUCCUCUUUAGUUGCUCAUGGUUUAAAAUCUCAUAAGCAUAACUUUAAUAAUCAAUAUAUUCUACCUCCAAAACAGUCUUUAAGCAGUCAACCACCAUUAUCAUCAGGAGAUGAGAUGAUAUAUCCAUUGUUAUCUUUAUCAACGCAUCAUCAAAUGGAUCUACUAAAAUCUAAUCAGCCAUUGAUAAACCCGUUUCCAUUACAAUUUGUAAAUCCACGAUCAAAUGAAAAUGAGAUCGGUUUAAACUCAAUUCCAUAUUUUCAAUGCAAGCGGUAUCCUAGAAUUCAUCAAGAACAACAGAUGAAAACGAAUGAAAUUGAUAAUUAUGGUGAAGAAAGCGUUGAUUUUGACAAAGAAUAUAUGAACAAACGUCAUAACCCAUAUUAUUGUCAUGAUGAUAUAUUACUAACAAAUGAUGUAAGUAGCAUAGAUGAUGAGAUAAAAAUUUCUAGCAAUUCAUCAAUCUUUGAAGUCUGUCAGCAUGUGUCUACAAAGAGAUCUGCUUCUGUCUGAAGAAAAGCAGAACCAUUCAAUCAAAUCAAUAUGUAAUCACAUUAUUUUGAUGUAAAAAUUUAGACUAUUAACAUUAUGGAAUAUGGAUAUGUUAAUUAGAUAUCUUUUUAUGAUUUUAUGUAAUUUUUACUUUUUAAAAUAAACUAUUAACCUUUCAGGUUAGACAGUAUAUAUAUCAUCCUCAGAAUAGACUUUAUCAUAAUCAAUUUCUAUUGACGAGUUGGGUUAUAUAUAUCAACUAUACUGUGUAAUAUACAUUAACAUUAUAUUGUAGUUUGAACAUUAAGUUAAUUAAUAGCUAAUUAUUAACAUGAAUGUAAUUUUGUUUGAUAGUGUUAUUUAUUGAAGAUUUUUUCUAUUACCAAUUAAUGCGGUCACAGAAA